GGACAUAUUAGCGUGUGACACAUAGUGAUAGACCCAUGUGGAGGACGACGUGUUGGCUCCACCGUUGAGUUGCUGGAGUUGAAUAUCUGCCGACAUAAUGCGCGUUAAUUCUCUUUGCAGCAUAAAUAUAUUGUAGACACAGGUAGUGUUACUUUGUUCACCUGGUCCACAUCGCGCUGAAUUAUGGGGAAAUCAAAGACCAAGAACCAGAAGAAAGCCCGAGCAACGGCCAACCAUGUGGCCGUGGAGACCUACGGAACUGUUCCCCACUCCUUCGUGUUUCACCGGGGUCAGAUCGGGAAAAACGUGGGUCAGCUCGUCCUGGACGUGAGGAGAGUCUUGGAGCCCUACACCGCUGAGUCUCUGAAGGUUAAGAAAAAGAACGUGCUGAAAGACUUUGUGGCCAUCGCAGGACCACUGGGAGUGACACACUUCAUGAUCUUUAGCAAGACCCCCAGCAGCAUCAACAUGAGACUUGCUCGACUUCCCAAAGGUCCCACGCUUCAUUUCAAAGUGUUGAAGUACUCUCUCAUCAAAGAUGUGGUUUCAUCUUUGAAGAAGCACCGGAUGCACGAGCAGCAGUUCACACAUCAUCCACUGCUCAUCCUCAACAACUUUGGAUCUGAUGGCAUGCACAUCAAACUCAUGGCCACCAUGUUCCAAAACAUGUUUCCUUCCAUCAAUGUGCACAAGGUGAGCCUCAACAACAUCAAGAGGUGCGUGCUACUGAAUUACAACCAAGAAUCUCAGGAAAUAGAGUUUCGACAUUACAGCCUGAAGGUCGUCCCUGUCGGCAUGAGCCGUGGAGUCAAGAAGCUGAUGCAGGAGAAGUUCCCCAACAUGAGCAAGUUUGAGGACAUCAGUGAGCUGCUGCUGAAGGGGGCCAACCUUUCAGAAAGUGAGGCAGAGCAAGAUGGGGAGCACAACAUAACCGAACUGCCGCAGGUCUACUCCGGAAGAGGCAACAUGGCGUCCCAGCAGAGUGCUGUCCGCUUAACUGAGAUCGGUCCUCGCAUGACUCUGCAGCUGACGAAGAUCCAAGAAGGAAUGGGAGAAGGGAACGUCCUUUAUCAUGCAAUGAUCUCCAAGACAGAGGAGGAAAUACAGGAGCUCCUGAACAGAAAGGAGGCCCAGUUGAAGGUUAAGGAGGAUCGGCGGAAAAAGCAGGCGCAGAAUGUUGCUCUGAAAAAGGCGAAACAAGAAGAGCACAAGAAAAAGAGCCUGGAGGGCAUCAAGCGGAAACGUGCCGAGGCCGAAGAGGACAGUGAGGUGGAGGAUCCCGGGAUGCAGGACGAUCACGUCGCUGCUGUCGAAUCUGAUGAUGAGGUGGAGUACUACAGACAGGCUGUAGGAGAGGAGCCCGACGAAGACAUGUUCCCUAGUGCCAAGAAGAGGAAGGGCUCAGAAAAGUCUCACACACCUGCCAAGAAGAGGAAACUUUCACCUGGAAAAUCACAGAGAAAAGACAGAGAUACAAAAUCUCCAAAGAGAAAUGGUCCAGGACGACAGCUCAGAGACAAAACAGGAAAGGGAUGGAAAAAAUCCGGGGACAAGGAGAAAUCAUUUGGCAAGAAAAUGAAGCCUGGAGGAAAGACAUUCCAAGCCAAGAAACCUGGCGAUAGAGAUAAUAAAUAUGGUGGGAAGAAGAAAUUUGAAGGGAACAAAACAUUUGGUGGAAAGAAAAAUAUGGACAAACCAUUCAAAUCUAAAGGGCAGAAAGGCAAGCCAGGCUUCAAGAAGAAAGGUGCAGGAGCGAAGCAAGGAUUCAAACAGAGGAAGGGGAAAGGUUGAACUCACCCUUCUCUCUGGACUCAGACAUUGAGUGACUUAUUGCGCUGAAGCACCAGAUGGCAGCAAGCAUCCAUUUGCCAUCAGUGCCUCAGCCAGGACUGAUCGUUGUUUGAAACAGUCUAUUGCUGGAAAUCAGCAGAGGGACAGAAGUGCUAUAUUUUCACAUGUAUGAAUUAAUAUUGAAAAUGUACUUCUUCAAUAAAUUGUUUUUAAAAAAAAUCUUGCCAACACAGUGGAUAAUGUUCCCUGAUGUUUUUAGAAUCCAGCUCUAUAAUGCAACUCUUCAACCCAGAGAGAAGCCCCACCCAUGGCAUUUGAGUCUGUUCUGUUCCUGUUCUGUUCUCCACCAUUGUCUCCAUGGAAGGACUGAGUUGUAAGUAGUGAUCAAAAAAAAUCUAUUAGAUCAGCUAGCGUUUCAGUGGGAAAAAUGUUAUAAAUGAAGACUUGGGAAAUAUUAGAUUAUUUGAGUUAAUUUAGAUGUGAUGCAGAGUACGUGGUUAUAUAUAGAGCAUCCAAAACCUAACUGUACAGAAUGAAUUUAGAUUAUAUUAUUAUGGACAUUAUGCUGUGUUUACUGAACAAUCACAUCUAUGGGUUAAUGCUAAUUUCAUUUUUUUUUUUUUUUUUUUGCAUCAAAUAUAUUUUUCUGAGCGACAUGAAUGACAUUAGAGGAAAGAAGUUUGGGAGGAACUAGUCCAGGCCAGAAGCUCUGCUGGUGUGACUUAAGAAUAAAGAUAAGAGACUGAUAGAUGUGUUUUUUUUGUUUUUGUUUUUUUCUUUUAGCGUCUUGAGUUGCGCAAUUCAAAGAAUAGGAGGCACACCUCUGGGAAAAAGAUGAUACAUAUCUGCGUAAAAGGGAGUAUAUCCCCACAAAGUGAAUACACGUUCAAAAUGGGGAAGUAGGAUAAAAGUGUAUAAAGUUUUUGUCAAGAGUUGUCAUAAACAAAGUGUAGUCUCGAGGUGUGAUCAUGCCAUGACAGUUCUGACACUGUUUUUAAUUGAGAUAAGCUCACACUGGUGCUGUACCUGCUCACUGGUGUCAUAUAGUUUUGCCUAAUUAAGCUGCUGCUGCUGUAUCACUGUUCAGAUAAGACUUGUUAUAAACACACUUUAAUCGCGUAA